GGCACCCACACCCGCUCUACCUAACCACUCAAGGACGACUCCCUGAUUCCCAUACUCCUACAUGAACCAUUUCUGGACUACAACACCAAGCCCUCCCCUCCCAUUUCUAAUCCAUUACUGCCAUGCCACAGGUCCGGUAGAUGCGAGGCAUUGUUUCCUGUCACUGCUCCGCCACUUCCCCCCCAUCCGAGCCUGACCCUGCGACUUCUGACGUUACCGUACAAGUACCCGUGGACUUGUCUGGAGCCGUAGCCGUACCACCCGAUAACACCUAACGAUACGAGGAUCACUGCUGCUACGAGUAUCCCCGGCCGCACCUCUUGAGUGAUUAGCAACCAGCUGCUGCAGGCACGGUCCAACCUCAACCGCAACGACCGAAACAGAAACAGAGACGCCGACGACCGAACCCAACCUUCAUAUUCACAGCACCUUCAGCCUUCAACCUCUUCCCCUCCUGGACAUUCACCCUGGAGACCGACAGGUUACCUUUACAUCCCUCGGGAAGUUGGCAGGCGAGUAGCAGCUCUCGUGAAAGCUGCUCCGAGUCUCCAUGACCGUCCUCUCCCACUCCUCCUCUCCCUCCCCAAACUCGCUGCCGAGCGAGAAACGCAUGUUCUCUGGCUUCACGAUGCCCACCAAGAGCAGCAAUGGCCACAGCCACAAUCCCUUCCCGCAGAAGCUCAAGAACUUCUUCCGCAUAAAUAGUCUGGGAAGCAGCAAUAGCGAGAAGAACGAAGGAUCUAUGAAAUCCGAGAGCAAGAGUUCUUUUCGACAGUCCAAAUUCUUCCCCAGCGUUGGCCGGAAUCGGUCACAUACGGUAGCAAGUGAAGGCAAUGGCUUGGAUGAUGGACUCAGCCCUACCGCUCACGCAAAUCCCUACUUUGCACAUCAGGGCCCUCCUGCUUUGCGACAUCACAAUGAGGGUUCAGUACCCCCAAGUCCCCCUGAUACACCAACACUGAAGUUGGAUGCUGUUGCAGGUGUAAACGAUCAAGCCACGGCCGCUGGGAAGGAGGAAUUGGCUCGGAAGUUGAGAAGAGUAGCGAGUGCACCCAAUGCACAGGGCCUAUUUUCUUCCGGCAAGAAUGGCGACGACCGUCCUGCCACGGCGGAACUGGGUAAAGAGCCACUAGCACAAAAUGCCAGUACAAGUAUGCUGGCGCUGGUAGAUUCAAAAAAUGGAAAUCUUAGCAUACCCGGACAGGACGGGCUCGGCGAACUUCAGCCACCAAAUCGAAACAUGGCUUUCAGACGGACAUACAGCUCAAACUCGAUCAAGGUCCGCAAUGUGGAGGUCGGCCCCUCGAGUUUCGAUAAGAUUAAGUUGAUUGGCAAGGGAGAUGUAGGAAAGGUUUAUCUUGUAAGAGAAAAGAAGAGCAGCAGGUUGUAUGCUAUGAAAGGUAUGGACGCUGUUGAAUUGAUAAUUGUUCCUACUGACAAAUCAUAGUAUUGAGCAAGAAGGAGAUGAUCAAGCGAAAUAAGAUCAAGAGAGCUCUUGCUGAGCAAGAGAUUCUUGCUACCAGUAAUCACCCAUUUAUCGUCACCCUUUACCAUUCCUUUCAAUCCGAGGAUCAUCUGUAUCUAUGCAUGGAAUAUUGCAGUGGUGGAGAGUUCUUCAGAGCUUUACAAACUCGUCCUGGUAGGUGUAUACCAGAAGAAGAUGCCAGAUUCUAUGCUGCAGAAGUUACCGCGGCCCUGGAGUAUCUACAUCUGAUGGGGUUCAUUUAUAGAGAUCUUAAGCCUGAGAGUAUGUUGGUCCCCCACUAUUCACCAAGACGGAGCUAAUUUUGUAGACAUUCUCCUCCACCAAUCCGGACACAUUAUGUUAUCAGACUUUGAUCUCUCGAAACAAUCGGACCCCGGUGGAAAACCAACCAUGAUCGUCGGUAGAAAUGGCACAAACACCAAUUCAUUACCAACCAUCGAUACCAAGUCUUGUAUAGCAAAUUUCAGGACAAACUCGUUUGUUGGAACCGAGGAGUAUAUUGCGCCCGAGGUGAUCAAGGGCUGUGGCCAUACAAGUGCUGUUGAUUGGUGGACACUUGGAAUCUUGAUUUACGAAAUGUUAUUUGGUACCACACCUUUCAAGGGUAAAAACCGAAAUGCUACUUUCGCGAAUAUUUUACGAGAUGACGUACCAUUUCCUGAACACUCUGGUAACCCCCAGACUUCAAAGUCAGUAUUUAUCUGUGUCUCCUGUAGGGAGAAUAUAUUUGCUAACUCAAAUUCAGUCUAUGCAAAUCCUUGAUUCGUAAACUCCUUAUCAAGGAUGAGAACCGUCGUUUGGGCGCCAGAGCUGGUGCAUCAGACGUUAAGGGUCACCCAUUCUUUCGAACUACGCAAUGGGCGCUCAUUCGUCACAUGAAACCACCAAUGAUCCCACACCAAGGAAAGGGUACUGACACUGUCAACUUCCGCCCUGUGAAAGAGAGUGAGAGUGUUGAUAUCAGCGGAAGUCGAGGGAUGGGUAUGCCUAAAGGUGUACCUCUAGACUCUGGUUUAGCAACACCAGGAGAAGCGGUUGUUGAUCCGUUUGAGGAAUUCAAUUCAGUGACCUUGCACCACGAUGGAGAUGAACACCACGGACAGCACGAAGACCAACAUAAUGGACGUUACGAUGGAAAUGGACGGUAGUCCAAACCCUUACCAAAUGAUUGUAUCGAUUUCUUCGAGUUCUACCAUCAGUCGGAACUUCAAUCUAUUUUGGAAGGCCACAAUAUUUUUGCUAGGCAAAGAAAGGAGAUGAUAGAAAUGAAUUUUAGAGAAGAGCUAAUUUUGGUUUGAUCAUCUUCUAGGCAGACGAAUGGCAUUAGGCUGGUGUUCUAGGCAGGGAUGAGGUCUGGUCUGGAGAGAAAAGCGACGACAGUGUAAAUUGCAGCACGCGAGAGGCGUAUUAUUUUCCCCUCUCUUUUUAUUUUUUUGUUCCAGUCAAACUGCCUCUUUUAAAACAACCAUGGGGCACGGGAUGGGACAUGUGUUUUUGAUUGAUUGAUUGCUAGCUUCUCUUUUGGCAGCAUUGUACAUAUGGAUUUUUUUUUACGGACAUCUUGUGUCAAGAAGGGUUGGGGUUUUAGGGCGUUCUUUUUUUUUAUUAUCACUUUAUUUUCUUCCCUCUUCUCUCUGUUCUCUUGAGGCGUGGUAGUGGUAGCAGUGUAGCAGGUCAUUUUAUGAGAUUUUUUGAGACUCCUG